AUGUUAAAACCUUUUAUUGAAAACCCCGAACGUUUACUUGAUGGACGUAUACGUAUUAUAGUUGAAAUAAUUGGUAAAGGACGUUUUAAAGGUGUUGAUAGAAAUUAUCGUAUAGCAACAAAAGCAGCAGCUAAAUGUGCUUUAAAAAAUUUACGACGAGCACAACAUCUUGCUGAUGCAUUAAAAAACAAUACAACACUCAUCACACUUAAUCUCAAUUACAAUAAAAUUGGAGACAAAGGAGCACAAUAUCUUGCUGAUUCAUUAAGAAAUAACACAACAUUUACAACACUUACUCUCUCAUACAAUCAACUUGGGCCCAUUGGAGCACAAUAUGUUGCUGAUUCAUUAACCAACAAUACAACACUCGUCCAACUUGAUCUCGGUGGCAAUGAAAUCGGAGAGGAGGGAGCAUAA